AUGGCAAGUUGCAUUAUUGGUCCCGAAUUGACAGUAAAAGUAUGUUCAAUUGGCACUGUGAUAAAUCGUACUGCUUAUGUAACGGACUAUUGCCAAUUAGAAGGUGCUACUGGACGUCAAACGCAACCUAUGCCCAUACGCUGGAUGGCUUGGGAGAGUGUUCUCUUGGGUAAAUUUACAUCAAAAUCUGACGUCUGGUCCUUUGCUGUAACGAUGUGGGAAAUUUUAACAUUUGCACGUGAACAGCCCUACGAGCAUUUAACCGAUGAAAAAAUCAUUGAAAAUAUUGGACAUAUCUAUCAGGAUAAUAAAAUGCAUCUUACUUCUCGAAAUAUCGAAAAUUAUAUACCCAAAUCGCAAAUCAAAAUUAAAACGUUCUCAGAAUAA